UGCAGACAACCACUGCGGGGCAGUUGAACCCUACCAGACAAACCUCCGAGCAUGCCUGCGAUUUCACAAGUCAGAUCUGUGGCCAGACAAGACACAGAUGCAGGCGGGGACGGUGUCCGCCAAUCAUGGCAAUCCGAGAAAAUCACGUCUCGGUAUGCCGAAACUACCACCACUUCCGGUCCUGCCCAAAAGCAAGUAUGCUGCCUCUCCCGCGGCUAUGUCGUCGACAAAGGCAGUGCAGGCAGAGUAUGCGUGGCCUCCUCAAAACAGCACGGCUUGUCAAGAACCAUGUUUCUGGCCUCCAAGGUUAGCGCGCCAUACACGCUCACCUGGCCAUCACGCAGCAGGUACCCUACCGGCAAGUGGUACAAGAGAAGGCACCACUCCCGAAAAAGAAACACACUUUUCGUAUGCCUAUAUGAGUCGGCCUUUUAUAGCGUCUUUGAAACACCGCCACGUGGUUCCACCUACCACCAAAUCGCCCCAUUAUCUCUCUUAUACAGUCCAAUCAAGUCUGUGUAGCCGAACGGGGCGGCCUCUUCAUGUUGGAGUACAGCAUCAGCAAGAUCAAAGGCUCGUCCAGAUUGUACAGAUGACAUACUCAGGAUCAGCGAUCUUCUUCAGCGCGUGUGCUUACAUGCGAACGUGUCCAACAUCAACUACACAAAUAUCACGAAUAUCAAUAUACGCACGCCGUUGUGUGUCACUAUGGCUUGAGCCAGCAUUCAGCCCAGUCACCAGAAAUCGGUCGUCAAGACGCAGCUGACACCUUUUCGGCCUUGUUACUCCAGGCACUACCAUUCGUGGCUCUUGGUACUGCCGCUUUUGGUCACUCUUCGAGAGCCGGACUAAGGCAACGACUUCCACCUUUUCAAGAACCACCAUCCGAGGAUCGACGGUACCAUCACAUGCCAAAAAGAGCCUACGUUAUCGCCUUGAUUGCCGAAGCAAGAGUCAGCUUGGAGUGCUGGGGCUUCUCCCACAACAUUGGGUCUAAUGAUGUACCUCGUACCUCAGGUAGUCUCCCGGACGAGAGGUUGGAAGUGAAUUGAUCUGAACUGUCUUAAGUCCGCACCGUACAGACUGAGUACGCACUCCG